UAACAAAUAGGUCCCAUAUAUACCAAAAUAGAUAUGUCAUCCAGAGUAGGAUUUAUCGAUGUACUAUGAUCCACUAUCACAUAGACAUAGAAUAGUAGUGACCUACGAGACACAAAUGACCGGAGCUGCCGGUGAUUUGCCGGGAAGGAACCCCGGGACGCGUUAUUUGCUUCUGUUCCUCGAUUGCUUCAGACGUGUCAGUGUCGAUUACAUCACCCUUUCCUUCUGUUCCCCGUCCUCAAGAGAGAAGGAUUCUACUGCAAGCAGUCUCGAGUAUCAGUCCCUGUUUGACAGUACAAGGCCAUGCAAGGUCCUAUUGACAAACGACGCCCAUACUCUGCAACCGGAGUCAACCAGGAAGAUGAUUACGGAUAACUGGCAGUCUCGGCCGGGGAUUCAGGGAAUGGUAUUAUUGGUGGAGAGCCGAGGGCACGAAGGAACCUUGCAUACCUGUCCGAAAGUUUUGAGUAUGUGUCAAUAUCUAUACAUUUCACGUACAGUUUACAUCACCCCUCGGAUGAUGACUGCCGUCGUCUUAUUACCUGGGAGAAUUUAGAAAUUUAUACAUAUGUGCUUACGAUGACGGCCCGUGUACGUUGGUUCCAUGCCUGUCGAUCAAGAAGGCCACCAGUAAGGAAACUGUUGUGUAUUCAGUCUCGAAGCGGCAGCCUGCGAUAUACCGGCGCUCGGGGAAUACGACAUUCACGCAUCCAUUAUGUCGA